UGCAUUUGCAAAAAUAUUAAAUACUCUCCAAUCAAAUCACAUUCUAUAUAAAUCGCUGAUUUGGCUGUAGACCAUAUUAUUUGUUUUCCAAGCAGUAAACAGUAAACACACCAAAAAACCCUCAAACAUGUUGACCUUCGAAGAAAUUGUUGAAAAAGCCAAGAACUUCACCAAGAAGCCAACCCAAGAGGAUUUCCUGGAAUUCUACGGCUACUACAAACAGGCCACCGUUGGUGACUGCAACACCGACGAACCCGAGGAUGUUGUCCGCAAGGCCAUGUGGAACUCGUGGAAGGAAAAGGCUGGCAUGAGCGCCGAAGAUGCCAAGGCUAAAUACAUUGAAGUCUAUCACAAAUAUGCCCCCAAAUACGAAUAAAUCUUUCGUAGGCAGGGCGUAUACCGUGUAAAUAACGCUUAGAUAGGAUUAUCAUCUUAAGGUUGUUUUUUUCUCGUUUCUCUUGCCAUUCCGGCCAUGAGGAAAGUGAAAAGUUGUUUAUUUAAAAAAAAAUGUUUGAUGUUUUUUUAUAUAUAUUUCUGGGUUCAACAAUAAAACCAUAGAAAAAUAAAUAA